UCUCUUCUUCCUCGAUCCCUCCCCCCUCUCCCAAUCCCUCCUCCUCCACCACCUCCUCCCCUCCCUCCCCCGCCGCCGCGCAUUUGCUGGUCUCGGCGAGGGCCGCUCCUCUGCACGCGUGGGUGGCGGCGCCCUCGCCGGCGUCGUAUCCCGCCGGCCCCCGAAUCUCCGGCGAGCCGCUCGCGCCCCAAGCCCGAGCCCGGUGAGGCCUGCUGCUCUAGGUUUUCCUGCCACCCAGAGUUACAGGUAUACUGGUUUUGAUAUGGAGUGAUUGGUGGAGCUGGUCGUCCGGAAGCUCUGCUGGUGAAUCCGAUGGGGAGCAAUGAUCCUAGCACGCCGCCUAAGGCUUCAAAGCCACCAGAACAGGAGCAACCUCCAGCUACUACCUCUGGCACUACAGCUCCAGUUUACCCUGAAUGGCCUGGCUUUCAGGGCUACCCAGCGAUGCCACCACAUGGGUUUUUCCCCCCUCCUGUUGCUGCAGGCCAGGCUCAUCCAUAUAUGUGGGGAGCUCAGCACAUGGUGCCACCUUACGGGACACCACCACCCCCCUAUAUGAUGUAUCCACCAGGAACAGUAUAUGCCCAUCCGACUACUCCUGGUGUGCAUCCAUUUCAUUAUCCUAUGCAAACAAAUGGAAAUCCUGAACCUGCUGGAGCUGCACCAGGUGCUGCAGAAACGAAUGGGAAAAAUGAGCCUGGCAAAACAUCUGGUCCAUCUGCCAAUGGGGUUACGUCCAACAGUGAAAGCGGAAGUGAUAGUGAGAGUGAAGGAAGUGAUGCCAAUUCUCAAAAUGAUUCACAUUCAAAGGAGAAUGAUGUAAAUGAAAAUGGCAGUGCUCAGAAUGGCGUAUCUCAUUCAUCAUCGCAUGGAACAUUUAAUAAAUCCAUGCCGUUGGUUCCAGUACAAUCAGGUGCCGUGAUAGGAGGAGUUGCUGGUCCUGCGACGAACUUGAACAUAGGGAUGGACUACUGGGGUGCAACUGGCUCUUCACCUGUUCCUGCAAUGCGCGGCAAAGUACCGUCUGGUUCAGCUCGAGGAGAGCAAUGGGAUGAAAGGGAACUGAAGAAGCAGAAGAGGAAGCUGUCCAAUCGGGAAUCAGCGCGCAGGUCCCGGCUGCGCAAGCAGGCCGAGUGUGAAGAGCUCGGGCAGCGGGCUGAGGCUUUGAAGUCAGAGAACUCGUCCCUCAGGAUCGAGCUCGACCGGAUCAAAAAGGAGUACGAGGAGCUCCUUUCGAAGAACACCUCUCUCAAGGCGAAGCUAGGGGAGACCGGCGGCGGCGGCGACGCAGUCCCCGACAUGAACGAACGGGGCGACACCAACGGCGGCAGCCACCAGAAGGAGCCCCCCCCCCCCCCCCCACCACCCUCGGCCGCCGCUUCCUUCCGCCGCCGCGGGGGGAGACGAGGCGAGGCGCCCGCGGGGAUGGACGGCGACGGCUUCGACGACGGUUGGUGGGAGGCGAACCAGCAGUACCUCGACAACAUCUGCCGCGAAGCCGAGGAGAGCUCCGCCUCCCGCAACCCUAGCACCGCCACCCCCGCUCCCGACCCAGCCGCCACCACCCAGCACCACGCGCCGCCCUCCGCCGCCUCGUGCCCUCCUCCCUCCUCCGCCGCGUUUGCCGCUGCCCUCCCCCGCGUCCCCGCCGCCUCGUACCCUCCUUCGUCCUCCGCUGCAUCUGCCGCCGCUCCCCUCCCCCGCGCCCCCGCCGCAUCCGCUUCCCCCCUCUACCGAGCCCCCGCCGCCUCCCCGUUCACGCACCCCUCCCACGUCCCCGCCUCCGCGCCCCGCGCGCCCCUCCACUUCUCGCCCCCGAGGGAGCUCUCCCAGCGCGUCCCGGACAGCAGCUGCGGCGGCUUCUCUCCUCCGCGGGAGUUCUCCCAGCGCCCCUCCUCCUCGGUGGCGGCCGAGGACAGCGACUGCCAGAUCACAGGGGCGGCGGGGCCCGACCGGCCCAGGGGGGCGCCGAGGGAGAGGGAUGCCAGGGCGCUGAGCCAGGCCCAUGGUGACCGCGUCAAGGCCGUGCCGCCCAGGGGGAGGCUCCCUAGGGCGGCCAAGGAGAAAGAGAGCAAGUCGGCCGAGGAGCUUAGGAGGGAGCUGGAGCGUACCUUGAAGCAGAUGAAUGACUUGAAAAACGAGCACAUUGAGCUGAAGAAAGGCAUGACAGAGAAAGACCUUGAAAUCGAGGCCAAAGAAGCAGAGAUUCAUAAUCUUAAGAAGGCAAAUGUCAGAGAUAUUUCUAGUAGGGAGAUGGAUAUUGAUCAGCCAUGCCAUACCCCUGCAAAUGAGGCUUUGCAUGCCAGGGGUUCUUGUUGGACAUCCACGAAGAGAGUAUGUUUGGAGGAAAGCGCCCACCCUGAAUUAGAAAGGAACAAAUCUAAGGACAUUAAGACUAAAGGAGUCCAGACAGAUCUUCCACUGAACAGUGGACAUCUUGAGCGCAAGAAAGUAUUAAUGAAUAACAUCUCUAGCAACCUAUGUGCAAUCUGGGGCAGGCCAGCUAACAGUAUGUUAGGGAGGAGUUUGAUCUCGAAGAUCCUUGCUUCUUGCUCAGAAGAAAUGUUGACACUUUUCCAAUCUGCGAGAUUGCCAGACAAGUGUGAAACCUCUACUGAAGCGAGCUCCUCCAUGAAUAAUGCUGUUUCGGAAGUAUAUGAUAUUAUUGUCAAGAUGAAUAGUGACACCAUACCUAUACAGACGCUUCUUGAAGCAUUGCUAAAUCUGUGUGUUGUUGGUAAUGCUGUUGUGGUCAGUAGAGCACUGCGGAUAUUGCAUAGCAUCUUGCAGAACUUGCUCACUCAUGGAACCAGGUCUAACCAAAGGAAUAAUGUUUCUAUUGAGACGUAUGUUGACAAUAACAUGGAAAUCGAGAGGAACAAUCAAGAACACAGUUCUGCUUUGCUGAAUACGCCUGACCCAGAGGAAGACGGACUUCACAUUGGAAAUAUGUUUCUUCCUUCUACAUUCUGGACUCCAUUCUUCACUGGAGUGCUACAAAUUGCGCUAAAAUAUUCGGAAGAGGGUAUUCGUGUUGAUGCAUUAUCCAUAAUGAUUCUCACUGUAAGGACUAGUGAUUCCAAAGGGGAGCGUGAAAAAUUUGGAUUUAUUUCUGUAAUGGAAAGCUUGCAUCAGUUGCUGCAGAAAGAGAAUGCAUUGCUUGUAAAGAAGCAUUCGGUGCAUCUACUUUUCUUGCUUUUGAACUGCCCUGCGAUGUUGAAGAUGCUUUGCAGUGGAGGUAAAGAUGGUUCUGAACUGAUGGAAACUGUUGGAUGUGAAAACGAACCACAGCAAGCUAUAAACUCAGUUCUUAAGGACUUGUCUGAAUGUUUGACUUGUGAAGCAACAACUUCUCUGGAGCUCAAGCUUUGUCGGCUAGUUGUGAAUCUAUUAGCGUUCAUAGCUUCUAGUGGCAAAUUGGGAUAUGAAGUGCUUCUAGGUUCAGUGACUGCCCACAGUUUUCUUGAGUUGACCAUGGAAGUCCUUGCUUCACAGAUGGAAUGCAAAGUUGAUUUUUCAACCGAGGUACAUGAGCUAUUGAAUGAAAGGUAUUUGCUGAUGAGAGAAGUUCUGAUCCUUCUAAACCGACUAGCCUCGCACGCCAUGUUUUCAAAGCCAACCCUGGAGGUGCUGAUGGGGAGCAAGCGGUGCGCGGGGUUGACAAUCGACAUCGCCAACCGGCUGCCCCAGAGGAGCAAGUACCCCUUGAGGCAGCUAAACCCUCAGAUGGCGAAUGAUCUCGCCGAUUUGGCCCAGAAGUUCCGUUCGCGGGUGUACGGUUUCCUGGAGGAGCAACAACAUUCGACAGCUGAGCGUUGCGAUACAGGCGCCUCGGGCAAGCCUCCGAGAGUUCCAAGAUAACUGGGUGUGGACAACACUGUAACAUUGGAAUCAGCCGGGGCGUAUAUAUCUCUCUAGUUAGUAGAGAUCUCUUGUUUGGCGCUAACCGUACUAGGGUCUUUCUGUUUGGGUUGGCUGGGGCGAGUAAAUAACUUUUUGCUGGUGUGAUGUACAGAGGGUAGGGUCCGUGAUAUAACUCGCCAUUUUGGGGGCAACGUAAGCCUGCUAAACAAGGGGAAUGUAUUAGCAAAAUUUUCCUUCUCACCGCAAACGAUCGUCUCUUUUCUGUAUUGGAAAUGAAUUGGCAGCUAAGUUUUGCAAGAUGGCUAAUUUUGCUGAUUUAACAAGUAACUACAUUUUCCUCGCAA